CUGCACUGCCGGCAGUCGAAAAAAAAACCAAAAAAAAAAGAUUGUCCUUGAGAGUGAGUGAGAGAGCAAGCAGGUUGCUAGCUGCUGGUAGAGAGAGCUAGCAGUUACAGCCGACCAGGUAGCUAGAUAGCUAGCCAUGGAGCCGGGGUCGACGCCCCCGAACGGGUCGGCGCCGGCGACGCCCGGCACGCCGGCGCCGCUGUUCUCCAGCGGCGGGCCCCGGGUGGACUCGCUGUCGUACGAGCGCAAGUCGAUGCCGCGGUGCAAGUGCCUGCCGCUGCCGGCGGUGGAGGGGUGGGGCGUGGCGACGCACACCUGCGUCGUCGAGAUCCCCGCGCCGGACGUCUCGCUCACCCGCAAGCUGGGCGCGGAGUUCGUGGGCACGUUCAUCCUCAUCUUCUUCGCGACGGCGGCGCCGAUCGUGAACCAGAAGUACGGCGGCGCGAUCAGCCCGUUCGGGAACGCGGCGUGCGCGGGGCUGGCGGUGGCGACCGUGAUCCUGUCGACGGGGCACAUCUCCGGGGCGCACCUGAACCCGUCGCUCACCAUCGCCUUCGCGGCGCUGCGCCACUUCCCCUGGCUGCAGGUGCCCGCGUACGUGGCCGUCCAGGCGCUGGCAUCCGUCUGCGCCGCCUUCGCGCUCAAGGGCGUCUUCCACCCGUUCCUCUCCGGCGGCGUCACCGUGCCCGACGCCACCGUCUCCACCGCCCAGGCGUUCUUCACCGAGUUCAUCAUCUCCUUCAACCUCCUCUUCGUCGUCACCGCCGUCGCCACCGACACCCGCGCAGUGGGUGAACUCGCCGGGAUCGCGGUGGGAGCGGCCGUAACGCUGAACAUCCUCGUCGCCGGGCCGACGACGGGCGGGUCCAUGAACCCGGUGAGGACGCUGGGGCCGGCCGUGGCGGCGGGGAACUACCGGCAGCUCUGGAUCUACCUGCUGGCCCCGACGCUGGGCGCGUUGGCGGGGGCCAGCGUGUACAAGGCGGUGAAGCUCAGGGACGAGAACGGUGAGACGCCGCGCACGCAGCGCAGCUUCCGCCGCUGACGACGCACACUGGCCACGGGCGCGAGACAUUGUCCGGCCGUGUCACGCACGCCCGCGUCCUCCUCCGCCGCCGCGUAACGCACGGCCACGACGUGUCCGCGGUCGUACGUGCUGUGUCUGUGUGUACCAAUAAAUAAGCCCCGUUUUGCUUCGUCCAGAACGGUCCAGUGCUAUGUGUACGUGGUCUGUGUUGUGAUUUGCGAAUUGGAUUAUUGUGGGUCGUCUCGUCGAGGUCUCUCGGGUGUCGGGUGGGUCUGAUGCGAUCCAUCAGCGUCGUGUCCGAAUAAAAGCCACGCCGAUGCGCCGGCUGACGGGCAUCUGGAUGUGUGAUUUCUGAACAAGAUUUGCUUAAUUUCACUUGCUU